AACAAGGUAUUGUACAAUCCAAUACAUGUAUUUUCCCAUUACACGGAUGUACAAGUCAUGUCAAACACAUAGGCCAAGUGUUGGGUUUUACUUUUAGAUUCGACAACAAAUAUCAAUUUUGUUGCUUUUUGUAUUAACUACCUGUUCGUAACAGACUUGCACUUUGUUCCCUUUGAAUACCUGAUCACCAAUCAAACCAUCAAGAUAGUAACUUUAUAAUCUUAGCUCUUUAACCCCUGACUAACGAUUGCGAUAAACUCGGUUAUAUUUACAAUAUUUCAAUCGUUGCUGUUUUAUGUUGUACCACAACUAAAAGCACAACUCGUUCGUGUCGUACGUUGUGGGGAAAUCCUGCAACAGGAAAAUGAUUCGGUUCGGCGGUCCUCAUGUCAACUGAUUUGUUUGAGGGGUCUUCAAGGGGGACUCUCUUCUUCAUGAAAAAGGAACUAUACUAUUUGUGUGCAGCUGCCUACAACUACUGCAUUGCCUAUAUAUCGGCUUCACUGUGAUCCUGGUAAUUACGUAUCCUCUGUCAAACAACAGUGUAUGGGUGCACACAACAGACUGCCACAGUCCCGUCUCAACAGAAAAUGGCAGGACACGGUCAGUUCUUUACCGGACUUUUCCGUAGAAGACGAUCCAACUCCGUAGCCGGCGAGGCAAGAUCCAAGACGACCGCUGCUGAGCAAGUGGUCAAGGUACGGCCACAACAAGGAGGAGGGAGUGACAGCAACGGGAGACGGCUGAGCCUGUCAGAUCCCACAAGAAGGCGCAACAUACCGCCAUCCCAUACUGGAAUGAGCCGUGGAUUGUUAGACAAACUCAAAAUUCGGCUGUCCUUUUCCCCCGACUUACCUCGCAUUUACUCCUCCGGGAAAAGUUACAACGAGCUCCCUCGCAAGAAACUGGCCCCCUUCAAUCGAGACAUUCUUGCAUCAUACUCCGGCCCAGAUGGAGGGCUCACCAACAAUGGUAGUAACCACGUUGGCAAUGGCCAUGCAGUGACGUCAUCAUCCACAGAUCCCCAUGGAAACGGCGUGCAGAAGAAUGACAACUGCAAUCGAGUGGACAAUCAACACAAUGGCCUUGCGGCUAGAUGGAAAACCAGAAACAACAAAGCGUAUGGAAUGUCAUUGUCUCUUUAUGAAUAUGUGGAUAAAGACAGUGGCAAGUGCACAGGUGACCCGAUUGCAGACGUCUUUGCAAUCCGUACAACCUCGAAUAGUUGCAUCAUGGCUCUGGCUGACGGGGUUGGAUGGGGACAGGGAGCCCGGACGGCAGCAAGAUGCGCCGUCAAGGGUUCCAUGGAAUACAUGUGGGUAACACUUCGGGCAAAGAAGACGUCGUUUACCACAAUAGAUGUCUUUAAGUGCAUGAGGGACUCGUUGGACAGAGCCCAAGAAUGUAUUUUAUCUCAAAAUGGCUGCCUGACAACACUAUGUCUUGCCGUAGUUGCUGAUAUUAUAUCAGAGGACACCAAAUCUCAAAAGGCUGUAUGUGUAGUUAGUGUUGGAGACAGCCUGGCUUUCGUCCGCAGUCAAAAGCACGGGGUCAAGGAAGUUACAAUCGCGACUAGGGAGUACAACACCCACCGGAAUAUUCGGUUCUGUGACGGUGCCCUCGGGCCAUGCGUUGGCGAAGAACCAGACCUAACCAACCUCACCUUUUCCUACACAACCGCCGAAGAGGGCGACAUUGUAUUCCUCACAUCAGAUGGGGUAUCUGAUAACUUUGACCCUGUCAUAGCGCGGAAGGCAGUGGCAAACACCGACUUCAAAUCGAGGAAGAGCAGAGCCGAGUCGAUCUUUGGUGAGGACCUUUGGGAGGCUGGAUCCUGGUCGAUGCCUGCUAUCUCACCCAUGGAGAGGCAAGCUGGGAUGACGCAAUCGAUGGAGGUAAUCAUCCGUGACUCGGUCAUCCCUAGUGAGGACCCAUUUUCCGCCUCCAAUCUCUGCUCUAAACUACUUGACCACGUAGUGAAGUUAACCGAGAAAAAACGCGAUGCCCACGAAGCGACAAAUCGUAUCGUGGGUGCGUGUGAAAGUGAGAAACUGGACUCGAGCACCGUGACGACCGGGAAGGAAGCCCUCUAUCGACUCUCCAGAAACCACCCCGGCAAGUUGGACCACGCCACGGUAGUGGCAUACGUGGUGGGACACCCAAGUUCACCCGAGUCUGAAGGACAACCACAGGCUUCGAGAAGGAGCAUAGAAAUGAUGGUUGAGGGAGACUUUAUGCAGCAUAUCCCUUCGAAUCAAUUCGAUCUUCUUGGGGGAAAUCCACAUAUUGGGGGCUUGAUUUCCCUCAUGGAUUGAAACAAGGUCUCAGUUGACCCAAAAAGCCGUUUUAAAUGGUUUCAUUAUAACCGUAUAGCAUUCUAAACUUUGACAGUGAUUAUUGUAAUAAUGGGCGUAUACCUGUUGAAACUGAGGAGUUGAACAAACAAGGUUCAGGUGUGCUUAAACUGGCUGUAUCUUUAAAGUAACGUCGCGUGACGUGGUUGAUGGUAAAGUGACGUCACAAAAUGUCACGUUUGUGAACGAAACACAGCUACUCCUUGUAAAGAUUUAACGUACGUCGCGUGAUGUUACAAUAAAGACUUGGCAAAUGUUGGGCGUAACACAACAUUUAUGUUGAAACACUUCAUAUUCACACUAUGUCCCAGUUCAUGGCCGCUGCGUGUGGUCUAAAUGCAUCAGUAGUUCAGAAUCAUCAGACUGCCGGUGUCGCAUGCAAUUAUGUCCUCUAUGCAGUACUAUCCUGGGGACAUUAUUGCAUAA